AGGGAGUAAGAUUAACAGGCAGACAGGACGCCCCACGGGGACGCCAGUUCUUCAUGCUCCCCAGCGGAAACUUGUCACCUUGUACAAACACAGAAAUAACAAACUUCUGACAUGCAUUAAAGACCCCUUCACCUUAGCUGUGCAGGAACUCCUCAGAAGCAGAGUCCUCCCCUGCCACAUCCAUCUGGGGAAGGAGCUGAUCUGUCAUUCACAGAGCUGCAUUCUGUCUCCCGGGCCACCGCAUGAGAAAACCAGCAGCUGACAUGUAUAGAGAUCACUCUGUGCCAGAAACAGUUCCAUGCUUGGUGUGUAUGUAGCAUCCUCACACCUAGGUUCUCCUGGACUGUGCAUAUGUUCCAGAGUUGCUGACUGGAGCUCAUCUUCUGAGUCCUUAUGGUCACAUUCCGAAGAAAAUGCAGAUAGUCGGUAGGAUUUGAUUCAGAGUCCAAACCGGUAAUUAUUUGUUCUGGAGAUUUAUUAAGAACAUUUGACCAGGCAGUGGUGGUGCAUGCUUUGAAUCCCAGCACUCAGGAGGCAAAGGCAGGAGGAUCUCUGAGUUCUAGGCCAGCCUUGUCUACAGAAUGAGUUCCAGGACAACCAGGACUACAUACAGAAACCCUGACUUGAAAAACUGAGAGAAAGAGAGAGAGAGAGAGAAGGAGGCGGCGGCAGAGGUAAGAGGGGCACAGAGGGAAGAGAGACAGAGAAAGAGACAUAGAGAAUGAAUGAAUAAUGAAUGAAUGAGUGACUGAGUGAGUGAAUACUUGGCCAUCAGGGAAGAGGGCGCUGAGAUAAACAACCCUGUGCAUGUGGGUCUGACAAUCAAGUGAGAUGCUGCUCUUACCACAAAAUAAACCAAACAUGUGGACCAGGAGAGGAAAAAAUUUUUGUAACUUGUGGAAAUGUUUAAUGUACAAGAAAGUUUGUGUUCAGAGACAGCCCCACAAUGGUCUACACAGUUCAGUUUUGCUUGGGAAGCAUCAGGACAGUGGGGACUGUGGGAAUGGCCUCAACGGAGUGUGAGCUGGAGCUCUAAUUAGAUGAAUUGGAAUUCGUGGAAUUGGGAUGAAUUGACAUCUUGUUGCCAGCUCAGUGUUGGGGGGUAAUGCUUCAUUAGCAGUAUUUGUAAUGAAGAGUUUUCUCUUUUCUCCUCAGAUUUUUGGUACUUCAAAUACACACACAUACAAUGAAUAAAGCCAGCAUACUCCACACUAACACAAACAUUAAAAUCACCUUGUUCUCUGAAAUGAGUGUUGGGAUCUCAGCCAACAGCAUCCUUUUCGUCUUCCAUCUCUGCAUGCUCACUGGUGCGCACAGGCCUAAGCCCAUUGAUCUUGCCAUUGGUUUCUUGGCCCUGACCCAACUACUGAUGCUGCUAACUAUGGGACUCAUAGCUGCAGACAUGUUUAUGUCUCAGGGGAGGUGGGACCCCACCACAUGCCAAUCCCUUAUCUAUCUGCACAGGUUCUCGAGGGGCCUCUCCCUUUGUGCUGCCUGUCUGCUGAAUGUCCUCUGGACCAUCAUCCUCAGCCCUAGAAGCUGCUGUUUAGACAAGUUUAAACAUAAAUCUCCCCAUCACAUCUCGUGUGCCCUUUUUCUUUGCGUUCUCUACAUGUCUUUUAGCAGUUACCUCCUGGUAUCAAAUAGCGCCAUCCCCAAUUCCACCUCAGAUAAUUUUAUGUAUGUUACUCAGUCUUGCUCACUUCUACCCCUGAGUUACUCCAGACAAAGCACAUUUUCCACACUGCUGGUCUUCAGGGAAGCCUUUCUUAUCAGUCUCAUGGCCCUCUCCAGUGGGUACAUGGUGAUUCUUUUGUACAGACACAUGAAGCAGGCCCGGCAUCUUCACAGCACCAGCCUUUCUCCAAAAGCAUCCCCGGAGCAAAGGGCCACCCGGACCAUCCUGCUGCUCAUGAGCUUCUUUGUGUUUCUCUACAUUUUGGACACUGUUAUCUUCUAUACAAGAAUGAAGUUCAAAGAUGGCUCUCUGUUCUACUGUAUCCAGAUUCUUGUGUCCCAUAGCUAUGCCACAGUUAGUCCUCUUGUGUUUAUUUGCACUGAAAAGCAUAUAAUUAAAUUUUUGAGGUUAGUGUGUGACAGGAAAGUAAAUAUUUGA